AAUUCAAGUUCAGUUUGCCAGUUCACUCUUACGGAGUUAUGUAGGUAUUUUAUUUGUGUUAAGUGAUAAGUGUUUAUGUACAACUUGAAGACCAAAGGAUAACGUGAUAAAAUUAAGCAAAGUUUCUUCUUCUUCCUCUUCACCUUCAUCAUCCUCAUCAUUUAUCACCACUUUGUCCUUUCAAUUUAAUAUUAUCAAACAUAUCCAUUCCAUCGGCAUCACAAUCAUCAUCAUCGCCUUCAUCCACUCAAACAAGAGCAUUUCUUGUCUCUUGUUUAUCUCGUGAUACAAACAUUAUUACAAUUAAUACCUAGUAAAGCCCAAAAUAGCAACAAUGAUCCAGUGCAAAGUUAAUCGGAAAUCUUAUUAUCAACAUUGGUCCUUAACUAGACCAUCAUCAAUGUCCAUUGUAUUGUUAUUAACUUUAGUUUUGCCAAUAAUUCAUUGUAAAAUAAGCUUUGAAAAGAUGACCAAUCGAGAUUAUGCUGGAUCAACUUACUUCACAAUGAAAAAUGCAUCUUUAUAUGAAUGUUUGGGUUGGUGUCGCGAAGAAGCUGAUUGUACUUCAGCUUCAUUUUCAUUUGUUGUCAAUCCCUUGGCAUCGAAUCAGGAAACCUCAUGUCGACUACAGAAUGAAACUUUAUCAACCAAAGUAGCUCAAUCAUCCAUAGGACCUCAACAAGGUGCCUCAUCUUCAUCAAGUAACCCACAGAAAGCCAAUAAUGCUUACUUCUUCUCUAAAUUGCAUUUAAGAUCAGAUAAUGUCUGUAAUCGUCUUUGGACUUUUGAACGUUAUCCCAAUCGAGUACUUCGAGGCUUAGAUAAUGCAAUCAUUUACACUUCCAACAAAGAAGCCUGUUUAGCUGCUUGUCUCAACGAGGUUCGCUUCCUUUGCCGUUCAGUUGAAUUCAAUUAUAAAAGCUUAUCAUGCCAUUUAUCUGAAUAUGAUCGUCGAUCUCCUGGUGCCUUUCCUGUUGAUCUUAUUGAAGCUCAAGGAGUUGAUUAUUUUGAAAAUGCUUGUCUUCAAGCUGAUGAUAUCUGUCAAGACCAACAGAUUUAUGAUUAUGCUAAAUUGGGUUUACCAUUGAACAAGAUUGCCUAUUUUGUUGAACAAAAUUAUUAUCCAGACAAAGAGUUACUGGUAAAAUCUCAAAGUGGCUGCAUCCGAGCCUGUGCCAUUGAAAAUGAAUUCAUUUGUCGUUCAAUCCUUUAUCGUCCAAGUUUCAAACAAGGUCAACCCAAUUGUGCUCUUUACCAUCUUGACCAUAAAACUUUUCCCGACGGAUCUGAAACCUUUUCAUCGGCCAAUAGUCCAUUCCCAUUAUUUGAUUCCGGUGACACAAGUUCAGUUUAUCUGGAAGCCUCAUGUACAAAUGAUUCAGUACCGGUUCCUCCACCCCCUCCACCACCUUCUUCAUCCGGUCCAUCGCAUCAACAAACCACAACAUUGAAUGGUAAACCUUCCGUCAUUCCAGCCUCAACACAACCACCAAUUUCAUCUACUCUUCCGGUUCGUGAUGAAACCAAAAUGGAUCCAUCCUGUGAUGCUCUUGGAGUUUGUUAUGAUGUUACUCUCAAGUGCACCGAUACAAGAAUAAUUGUCAAUGUUCGAACUUCAAGGCCUUUCCAUGGACGAAUCUACGCAUUGGGCCGAAGUGAAACUUGCAAUGCUCAUAUUCGCAAUAGUCAACAGUUUCAAUUGGACAUGUCAUUGAUUGGUCAAGAUUGUAAUACUCAGUCAUUGUCUGGUGUAUAUACCAACACAGUAGUCCUUCAACACCACAAUGUAGUUCUCACCAAAGCUGACAAAGUGUAUCAUGUGAGAUGCACUUAUGAAACAACCUCGAGAAAUGUAUCUUUUGGUAUGAUGCCAGUCAGAGAUCCUGAUACCUUACAAAUUACUUCGUCACCUGAAGCUCCAUUACCAAAAAUCUUAAUCUAUGGCUCCGAUGGAAGGGAAGCAUCGACUGUUAGAAUUGGUGACAGAUUAACAUUCAGAAUUCAAAUUCCUGAAAGUACGCCUUAUGGUAUAUUUGCUCGAAGCUGUGUGGCUAUGGCCAAGGAUGCUAGAAGUACCUUUGAGAUUAUUGAUGAUCAUGGAUGUCCUGUUGAUAAUUCCAUUUUCCCAAGCUUUAUGGAGAACGGAAAUGCUUUGGAAAGCAACUACGAAGCCUUCCGUUUCACCGAGUCAUACGGAGUAAUCUUUCAGUGCAACGUUAAAUAUUGUAUUGGCAAAUGUGAACCAGUAAUAUGCACUGCUGGUCGGGAAGAAAUGGCAUCUUGGGGAAGGAAGCGUCGGUCAGCGCAUUAUGAAACAGACGAUGAGAUGACCCUAAGCCGUGAAAUUCUUGUUUUAGAUUUUAAUGAUGCUGAUGCUGCUAGAUCAACAAUGGACCAAUUAAAUGCCAACGAAUCAUUUUAUAAGGAAUCAAUAGCUAAUAUGGAUCGAUGUGCAUCCCGAACUUCCUUGAUGGCUUUAAGUGUAAUAAGUGCUCUUCUUCUAGUGAUGUAUGUCUGUACAGUGGCUUAUUUCACCGCACAUCGACGAAUGAAAUUACCAACAAAAGUUACUCUUCGUUGAUUAGUUAAAUUUUUUUACAUUAAUAUUUACAUAAUUACCGAUGGGUAAACUGAAAGAAAACAAAACCUGCAAACUGUGAAUUUCUUAAUCUUCUAAUCUACCUUCUUAAUUCCUCUCUUCUCCAUUGAUACCUCUCCAUACUAUUUUUGCUCAUCAUUUUCAUCACUCCAAAAAAUCUAACCCACCUUUAUCAUAGUAAUUAUAAAACGUCAAAACUAAAGAACAAACAUUAAAUUAAACAGUAAGAAGAAAGGACAACUAAUGAAAUCAAAUACACUUGUUAGUGUUGGUUUCUUAAACACUCAACUAAACCCACCUAACCUAACAUUCUGUGUUUAAUUUUUGUUUGUAUUUUGACUUUUUUUCUUCCUAUUUUGAGGUGAUGAGAAUGACCUGAUCCCACCGUUUAAAAUGGACAGGUCAUGUGUCGAGAGACAAAUGAUUGUCUUUGUGAUUUAUUGCUUUCUCCCUUUCUCAUCCUUCAUAUGAUGAUGUUUUCAUUUGUCAUCCCUUCUUCCCGUUUUCUUAUUCAAUUCUAUCUUCCUCUAAUUUAUAAUUCAACUUUGGGAAUUUGUCUCGCUAUCUUUCCCUUGAACUUGUCUUUUCUUUUCUUCUUUCAUCUCUUUCACUUCACAUCAUCAGAGGUCAAAAAAUGAAUUAGUUUCUCUCUCAAAAGUUGACUUGGACUUGCAAACAAUUCGUUAUUUGCACUUAUAUUUUGGCCUUAUUCCGAUAUAAAAUAAAUAUUAAACUUAUUUAUCUGACCAAAUAGAACCAGAAAACAAUAUUCUUGCAACAAUCGGAAUUUGACCAAUCAUUCUGAGUUAACUUUUGACCUAGCAACUUUUAAACCUCAAUUCGUUCUAAGUCUGGUCAGUCUUGAUCUUGAUCAUUUAUUACAAAACUAAUUGUUUUCAAAUUUUCUCAAUGUAAACAACUAUGAGUUUGCAAUGUUUUGCAAAACGAGACAGAAAAUGUAAAGCUUAUUUUUAUUAUUUCAAAUGAAUGAGCAGAAAAUGAUCAUUAUCCAGAUUUGACCUGAUACUUGAUUAAAUCUAAUUGAAUUGGUACUUAUGACUGUCCAAUCAACUGGCUGUAAAACAUUAUUGUUCAUCAAAAUUAAUUUAUUGAAAUAAAAUUGUAUAUGCAUAUUGAACUCAA